AUGCUCAGUCAGUCUCGGGUCACAAUAGUACUAUGGGUGGAGAACAAGAAUUAAGGACGAUGCUCAAAACUGUGCUAGACCAAAACAGGAAACUUGUUUUACAAAACAAACUAUUACAACAGGUAUGGUCUGGUAUGCAACAGAUGUGUAAGGCUCUAAGCAUGUCAACAUGUAAUUGCAGUGAACCCGAAACCAACACAUCAAGCGUGAAAAACACAAGCAACAACGAUACAGUUACAACACAAAGUAUACACAAUCAGUCAGCAUUGCCGCUUCAAGUGCUGUCGGUAAAUUCAUCGGGAGUGAAUUCCGACCUAACUACUGUCAGCAUAAUGUAUAGUGCCAGCUCUGAUCACACAACGAGUUGGAUUCUUCCGAGAACAAAUGGUGGACUAUUGAGAACAAGUGGUAGAAAGACACAAGCUAUACCCGGAAGCGAAUUAUAUACAUCAACCGUUGAUAUAGAGCAAAUGCAAUCUAUACGUACAUUAUAUUUCCGUUUAUACAAUGAUGAACAAAGCGUUAGUAUAGAACUAAAUCCUACAGAAAUUGAAAAGCCCCAACAACAAAACGUUACAGCACCUGCUGUAGGUUUACUGCAGAUCAACAGCAGCUACAUGGCACCUCUGGAUUCAGAUUUGAAUAUCACGGCUAUCAUCAAUAAAAGCACUAAAGACUUCCGUGAAAUCGAAUUUGUAAAAGUCUUCCUUACAAGUCUGAAUACAAGCGCUAAUCCACCGGAAGUAUUUGAAAUAUUGAACUUUAACUUAGAAGAGAUCGAUUUGAGUAUAUCGAACCGAACAGAUACAACAGCAAACAUGGUAAUAACUAUCAGAUAUCCUUACGUACAAUAUGGCGGAAUACUAGGAGUGCUCUUGCCCUAUCGCGAGUCAAUGACAGGAAUGGUUGAACGGUUGUUCUACGGACCUUUCAUUAAGAUAUAUGCUCCAGAUGCCAAAGAGGCUGUACCUCGAAACACUUUAGGUAUAUUUCCUCUCGCAAAGCAGUCUGUUAUUUUCCCACCAGCACAGAGUAUAAUGUGUGUGGCGAUGGGGAAUCCGCGACCCAAUGUAGCUAUACUGAAAGUUGUUAAUAAUGGCAAAACAAAGGAGUUGGAAUCAGAAACUGUCAUUUUAGACAGCUAUACGAACAUUAAGGUUCUAACUUUGGCAGCCAAACGACCAAGAAAGGAAGAAGGUGUUUAUAUGUGUAGGGCAACAAAUGGUAACCAGACAGUAAACGUAUCAACUGAAGUUGUCGUUCUUAAACCAGCAGUGUUUGACGAAAACAAGACCGGUGUGAUAAAAAAUACCAGCAAGAUAAUUGUUAUUUCUUGCAAGGCAAAUGGAAAGCCUAAACCGAAACUGGCACUACGUCUGUAUGAUGAAUACGGUCCAGACUUGAUUAGAUCAGGAAUGUAUCAGGUUUGGAAAUCGGCAGAAACAAACGUUGCAUCUCGGGUGACUUUAUCUAUUUCGCCAACAGAUGCUGCUGAUAUACAUACAGUGUAUUGUGUGGCGGCCCAAGGAGACGCGUACGGAUCAUUCGAAACUAGCCGUAAAAUCAAUGUUUACCCUGGCGUGGAUAGGGAAAACAAUUGGGAACUCUACCAGCGUUUUCAAGAAUCACAAGUCUUUUAGAAAACCAUUUUAAGCGGUGCAAAAAUAAAUCGUGUCCUAGAUUUAAAAUGAUAUCGUACUUUUUUGCGAAGAAAAACGUUUUACAUAUUGCGAUAUGAUAGUGCUCAGAGUACAUGUACUUGCGUUUACUUCGAGCACUGAUGUUUUGAACUUCCUGGCUUUGUGUUAAAUAAGAAAAGUAAUAAAUGGUAUCCAACUUUUUUACCAACUUUGCUAACUCUGCCAGAUCUUUAUUGUUUUGUCAGCAGAGCUCAGAUAGUGUGAUUCGUUACAAGAACAACUCUACUUUGACAAGCAUAUGUUUGUACAUACACAUAGUUAAGUAUUAAAGUAUAAUGUUUUUGCCUUCACGACAACAUUUAUUUUUUUACAUUUUAAGACAUAAAAAUAUCUUUUGUCAAAGUCAUUUAAGUUGCAUAAAGGGCACAGGUGAUACCACCUAAAGUCUAGGAGAAAUUGAUUGAAAUGAAAGGAAACAUUGUUCACUGCAGCAUAUAAUGACAGAGGAUAGCCUCAUUACAUACAAAAAUAAUACCUUUAAAUACCUUACAAGAUUAGUUAAGCUUUUGUAUAUAAACUUCUAUGUAGAAAAAUGUGAUGAUUAUCUUCAAUAAACGAGAUG